AUGCGUAUUCCCAUUCGAGAGCAGCUGGGGUUACUCGUCAUAACAUGUUCUUUACUCUCGUUAAUGGUACUGGCACUGGCCACGUGGUUUCGCAGUCGAGACUUCACCGUCGACGUCCGACUAUCUGGCCUUUCACUGACCGCGAGCCUUAAAGCCGCCCAGUUGUCGGCCAAUAUCCUCCUCUACGAAUCCCAGACGAGAUCGGUGGCCACUAGAGUCCUCAUUCAAUCGGCCUUGCAGCGGUACAUAAACGGAAACAACACUAAUGAGAAUUGGGCACGAACACAGUCCGAUCUAGACGGUGCCCUCUCCAAUCAGCAGAUUCUGCUCCAAGCACGCAUAUUCCCCGCCUACGACAACGGUGACGGCGCCGGCACAAACGGCCUUGUCAACAUUACUAGUAGUACUGUCAACGGCUCUCUCCGACUGCCCUAUCAGCACGAAAACGGUUCUGCUGUCUACCUUGGCGACCCUGGUCGAGGUUAUCCUCCCAUCUUAUACCCGAACCUUACCUAUCACGGCACACCUAAUGAAUCCACUUACUACGUCGAGGCUAACGGUAGGCGUAUCGAAUGGAACCACAUACUAAUUGAUGGUCCCCUGAUACUCAGUGACGAUGCUGCUUUGCUCUCGGCUACCCUUGCUAUUACGAAUAACACUGCCCGUUCCGUUGAUAUCUUAGGCUGGCUCACCGUCGUCGUCAAUGCAUCUAUGCUGUUCGAUGUCAGAGAUUCCACUGAAGGUCUUGGCCGCACUGGCGAAGUCCUAGUCAUUGGUCCUACCACGAACGACAACAAAUUCCCCUUCGAUGUCCGAGCUGACAACACGAGCUCAUUGCUCGAGCAGGCUUCCGUCAAGUACGUCUUUCCUCCCGGCAACAACGAUACUAUUCGAGAACGUCACAGUCAACGCUCAACCUUUGAAGAUUCCUCGACUCCGUUUCCAGCUACAUCGUUUCCUGCUUUUGUGGGUGCUUGGCAAUCAGAUACAAAUAACGUCAACAACGCUGGUGCAUUGUUGGAUUCUCGGAACGAACAAGACAGUAGAGUCGCUGUUGGUUGGGCCCAGAUUAGGACCCCUCUGGUUGACUGGGUAUUGGUCGUGGAGCAGGACUACAACGAAACCAUUGAGCCCAUCAAGCGUCUCAGGGACAUCGUUCUAAUAUGUGUUUUCUCCGUCUUUGCCGCUCUGCUGAUUUUGACCUUUCCCCUGGCGCACUAUUCGGUUGCUCCGAUUCGACAGCUUCGUGCGGCCACACAGAAGACCGUUGAGCCAUAUCAGCCGGAUGAUUCAAGUCUAUACUCGGAAACUUCAAGCAAUCUAGACGGAGAACGUGACGACGGCGAAUACGAUGCUGCCGAGGCUAGGAAAGAAGGCUUCCUGAAAUCGGUAACCAAGUGGGCCACCAAUGCAAGCCCUCCUCAACGCAAUACUCGCUCACCGAAUUCAAGAAGGCAAUUCCGUAUACCGAGCAAAGUACCCGAACGCCGCCAUCUCAUUCACGAUGAGCUGACUGAUCUAACCACCAAGUUCAACGAAAUGUCUGAUGAGCUGGCGAUGCAAUAUCAACGAUUAGAGGAACGGGUCAAAGAACGUACUGCGGAAUUGGAACAGGCUAAACUAGCCGCAGAGGCCGCAAAUCAAAGCAAAACUUUAUUCAUUGCCAACAUCUCACACGAGCUCAAGACCCCUCUGAACGGCAUUCUAGGUCUUACUCAGAUAUGUAUGAAAGAGACCGAUCCUGCUAAGAUCCAGUCAACCCUGAACACCAUCUACAAAUCCGGCGAUCUCCUCUUGCACCUUUUGACCGACCUGCUAACCUUCAGUAAAAACGAGGUCGGAAAGCAGCUCUCUAUCGACGAAACUGAAUUCUGCCUCAGUGAUUUAAGUACUCAGUUGUUGCCCACUUUCGAUCGUCAAGCUAGAGAAGGUCAAAUCAAGCUUCAAGUUUUAUACGAGGGAACAAACGACUCUUUUGGUAACUUUGAUACCACUCUAGACAAAGCAUUUGGACCCGAAGGCACUGGUAAAGUGAGGGAUAUGUGUUUAUGGGGCGACAAAAACCGCAUUCUGCAAGUACUUAUGAACUUCACGAGCAAUAGCUUAAAGUUCACUCCACCGAACGGAUCGGUAACUGUUCGUGUUAGGUGUCUUGGUCUGGUUGACCUUGAAACCCCAAGCCGGGCAGGGAGUGUGCGAAAAUCCUCUAACGCCUCAAAGAGGUCAAAGGUGUCCAGCAAAAGGCGGGUAAGAACGUCUGACACUUCACUCACAGGCGGUAGUGAUUCCGACGAUGGAUUGCGUUCCGGCUACAGAAAUAGACUCGGCAGUAACAGUGAUUCUGAAGACGGGCAGACGUCGAUACUGAAGAAGCGUCCACGUGAUGCCAAACUCAAGAUCAAUGUGGCUGGCGGUGUAGCGCAAAUUGACAAGUUUGUCUCUAGACAACGAUCGACCUCGCCGCCUCGAAUCAAUGCGAAAGUCCUCGAUUUCGAGUUCGAAGUGGAGGAUACCGGUCCAGGCAUACCAGAAGAUCAGCAGAAAAAGAUCUUCGAGCCGUUCGUACAAGGCGAUCUAGGACUGAGCAAGAAAUACGGCGGAACAGGUCUUGGUUUAAGUAUCUGUGCUCAGCUUGCGGCAUUGAUGGGUGGUGAGUUGUCGCUGGAUAGCACGGUUGGUAAAGGCAGCAAAUUCAGUAUGCGUAUACCAUUGCGCUACGUUGCAGAAAAGCGCUCAAGCAUGGACUCUGUCGUUCUUGGUGGAUCGGACGCUAUCAUGCCCACUACUGAAAAGCAUACAGUCCAGACCGCCGGCUCACCUGCCGAUCGAGAUAGUCCACCCUUGCCAUACGGUGAGAUACCUAGAGUCGUUGGUCUCUCACAACCUUUCGUGGCCAAAGAUGUCCGACCAAAAGCACCUCACACUCUUUCCACUGAUCUAAAGCUCAUGAAAAAGGCAGAAUCCGAGGCAAUACGACAGGGCAGCAAAGUACGUGUUCUGGUAGCUGAGGACAACAAAAUAAACCAGGAAGUCGUUCUCCGCAUGCUCAAACUCGAAGACGUUUACGACGUUACUAUAGCCAAGGACGGACAAGAGGCAUACGACAAAGUUAGGGAAAGCAUGGAGAAAGGUGAGAAGUUUCACUUGAUAUUCAUGGAUGUCCAAAUGCCAAAUGUUGAUGGCAUACAAAGUACCAAGAUGAUACGUGGCAUGGGCUUCGAUGCACCUAUCGUUGCAUUGACUGCUUUUGCUGAAAAAUCGAAUGAGGAUGAGUGUAUGGCAAGUGGUAUGGAUUACUUCCUGGCGAAACCUAUCCGCAGACCUGCACUCAAACAAGUGUUAAAGAAGUACUGUGCGACCAUUCCCGAAGAGGACGAUGGCGACAAAGGCUCGCCAUCCAUGGUCAACGGCUGCACAGAUAAGGAUACUUCAACGUCGACAUCGCCAGAUAGCGACCAAAGUGUACAACAAACUCCAGCCAGUACAGCUGACUCGGCUGUAUCGCCGUUAGACACACCACGGCAACGUUCCUUGAGCAAGGAAUGGCGACCAUGA